CCGAAGGAAACCCUGAGACAGGAAUACACCGAAUACAAGAACUCAGAAAUCAGCGUGAGCACCACGUUGGGUAUGCGCUCUUAAUUUACCUGGGAAGACUGUCGUUAAAGGUCCAUGAUGCAGUUCAUGCUGCUGUUCAGUCGACAGGGCAAGCUGAGGCUGCAGAAGUGGUAUGUGCCCCUGUCUGACAAGGAGAAGAAGAAGAUCACCCGGGAGCUGGUGCAGACCGUGCUGGCGCGCAAGCCCAAGAUGUGCAGCUUCCUGGAAUGGCGAGACCUCAAGAUUGUUUACAAAAGAUAUGCCAGCCUGUAUUUCUGCUGUGCCAUAGAGGACCAGGACAACGAGCUGAUCACCCUGGAAAUUAUCCAUCGAUAUGUGGAGCUGCUGGAUAAGUAUUUUGGCAGUGUGUGUGAGCUAGACAUCAUCUUUAACUUUGAGAAAGCCUACUUCAUCCUGGACGAGUUCCUGCUGGGAGGCGAGGCUCAGGAGACCUCCAAGAAGAACGUCCUGAAGGCCAUAGAGCAAGCAGACCUGCUGCAGGAGAAUCUAGAUUUUCAGAUUCGACUCUUUCCAGCCACGACAUGAGUACUUUAAUGUGCCUGUGUAUUAAAUGCCUGCUGUUGCUGCCCCCCACCACUGCUGCUGUUGCUGCUGCUGCUGUUACUACCGCCGCCGCCACCGCUGCUGCCGCAGCCAGCUGUCCAUCCUGCAUGCCGAGCCACUUCUCAUGCCCUGCCCACAGCGUCCACCACUCAGCGCCCAGUUGUGCCUCCUCCUCUUCCUCCUCCUCUCCUUCUCCUCCUCCUCCUCCUCCUCCACCUCCUCCCUCUCCAUCCUCACGGCCCCCUGUUGGCGGGAACGUGUCGGGGGGGAUCACUCAUGUCACCGGGCCCUCUGGGGCUGAUCCAUCUCCAUAUAUACUCAUGAACACACACGCAAACACAUGUCAUCUGUAAUGAUCAUGUAUGGUUUUACUGUUUCAUUUGCCAUUCUCAUGUAUUCACGAUGUCUCAUUCUCAGACCGAUCAGGAAAGGUUUUGAUUCUAUGCAUAUACACAUGGUACUGUGAAAGAAGCCAUGCUUUUGUAUUGUGAUGUUUUUACAUACAGUAUAAGGUCUAUAUGGGCUAGGGCUAGGGCUUGUGUAAGAUAAACUCAAAGUAAAGGUCAGUGUUACAGAAAUAAAAGCAUAGGUUAGGAAUUUUACUACUGUGAUGGUUUUACAAUGCAUACAAUCUGUAGGCAAAAUCCAGGAAACUGUUUUCUUAGGUACAAUUAGAUUACAGUUUAUACUACUCAGCAAUGAAAUGUAUUUGUUCAAGAUAAAAAGAAACACUACCUAUAUGCAGACCUCCCACAGUGCAUAAUGCAUAUGCCAGAAUAGUGGUGAGGUUGUUAGUCUAUAUUUACUGUAUCUGUAUAGAAAAGACAAAAUUCAAGAGGAUUCCAAAAGUACUGUAAGUAUAUUUGUAAUCAUAGGUUAACUCUAAGUGGCUUUAAUGCUGUCACUAGCCUACUAGUUCUAGGUAGCACCUAUGCAUAACAUUCUGUAAAUGUAUAAGUGUGAGAAAAAUUAUUAACUUCAAAUUUUGUGAAUUUUGCACGUUUGAUCAAUAGUUAGAUUAUUUAUUAUUGUGUGUUUGUUAAAAUGAAUAAAAUUGGGUCAACAAAGUAGACCCAAAAGUA